AUGAAGAUAGUAAAGCGUAGAGCUCGAAAAAGAACGAACCGCGGGGUGCGCAACGAGAACGGCGGAGGAAGCAGACGCACACAUGGCGGGGAAGGCGGAGGCGGGAUAAGCGGAGGCGGAACAAGCGGAUCGGAAAGUGGGGGAGGACCAAGUGGGCGGGAAGAAGACUCUGGAAGGGGUGGGGAGAGGGGAGAUGAUGAUGGUGGCGAUGGGGCCAACAGCAGGUCCGGGGGAACAGGGGGCGGAAGCGGCUCCGGCGGACGUGGUUCAAGCGGAUGGGGAGAGGAGGGCAGAGGCGAAGGCGGAGGGAGGCCAAAUCGGUUUACCACCGGCGCGCUUCUCCCGCUCGUCGACCAUUUCCAGGCACGCGUCAGCCGCGCGUGGCAGAUCCGCGCCCCCCCCGUUGCCUCCGCGCUUCUGCAGUCCGCCGCGCGCCUUCCGCCGUUGCUCCGCACGUCCGCGACGUCAGGCGCGCUGCUGGCGGGCGGGGACGUGUGCGCGCAGUGCAUCGAGCUCUCGUCAGCUGGAGACGCAGCGCAGAUCCGCGACGCGUGUGGAGAAGCAGCGCAGCCAAGCGACACCCGCGGUGACGCGGAUCAGGCAAGCGACGCGCGCGGCGACGAAGCGAAUACACUCAGCUACAGCAGCAGCGCCAUAUCAAGAGACGGCUCUGGCAACGCGGCAGCAGGACCGGCAGCAGCGUUCAACGUGGCGAGAUCCCUGCGAAUGGUGGUGUACGGCGCGUGCAUAUACGGACCCGCGCUGCACGUGUGGUAUCCCCUGGUGGAGAGGGCAGCGCCAGGGAGAAGCUUGGGCGCGACUGUUGGGAAGGUGCUGGCGUCUCAGGCUCUGCUGAAUCCGUGCCUGAUUGCUGCUGUGUUUGCGUUCAACUAUGCCUGGACGGGUCAGCUGCAUGCACUCAAAGGUGUGUCAUGUGUUACUUUUGAGAAUCCUCAAAAGCAACACCAACAUGACAACGCAUCCUUGCCCCAAUUCCCUACUCAUGUCGCCCCUCACCCAUGCACCUACGCCCUGUCACCUGCACCCUAA